UCGCGUCACCCGCCGAGAGGAGGGGAUUCCCCCCCGCCGCCGCGAGGGGUGUCCCCCCUGACGUCACUGCUUGAAAAAGGGGGUCCCUGAGUGACGUCAGAGCCGGCGGGAAGGAAGUCCCGGGGGGACGGGCGAGGGCCAGCGGGGUCCGUCCCCGGGAGCAACAGGCGGGAGAGCGCCCCGCCGCCGGUCCCGGCCGUCGCGGGUGCAGGGCGCGGAGCCGCCGCGGGGGGGCGCGGUGGGCGGUGGCUGCCCCCGCCCCGUCCGACCCGUCCCGGCCCGUCCCGUCCGGUGGCGGCCGCAGCCGGCGGAGCAGCGCGCAGCAGGUGCCCGUGGGAGGUGCAGGGAGCCGGCAUGUCGAAUCCCAGCGCACCCCCGCUCUACGAUGACAAGAACCCCCUCUACCCCCCGCGCCCCGGAGGGUACCCCCAGCCCCCCCACUACGCCGGGGGGUACCCGCAGCCUGGGGGAUACCCUGCGGGGGCGGGGUACGGGCAGCCCGGGGGGUAUCCAGCGUCAGGGGGGUACCCUCAUCCGGGCAUGGCCAUGCCCAGCAUGCCUAUGCGGUUUGGUGACAGUGGCCUUGGGGAUGGCUCUCCCUUCCAAUCCGUUGACUGGGACGAUAGGAAAGUCCGGCAUGCCUUCAUCCGCAAGGUUUAUGCCAUCAUCUCCCUGCAGCUCCUGGUGACAGUGGGAAUCAUCUCUGUGUUCACCUUUGUCCACCCUGUCCGCUCCUUUGUCCAGAGGAAUGUUGCCAUCUACUACGCCUCAUAUGCUGUGUUCCUGGUGACCUACCUGGUGCUGGCCUGCUGCCAGGGUCCCCGGAGACGCUUCCCCUGGAAUAUUAUCCUGCUGAGCAUCUUUACGCUGGCCAUGGGGCUGAUGACAGGCACGAUUGCCAGCAUGUACGAGACGAAAGCUGUCCUGAUUGCCAUGCUCAUCACCGCCAUUGUGGCCAUCGUUGUGACCAUCUUCUGCUUCCAGACCAAGGUUGAUUUUACAUCCUGUCCGGGGCUGUUCUGCGUGCUGGGCAUCGUGGUCAUGGUGACCGGGAUCAUCACUGCCAUCGUCCUCUCCUUCAAAUAUGUGCCCUGGCUCCACAUGCUCUACGCAGCCAUCGGCGCCAUCGCAUUCACACUGUUCCUUGCCUAUGACACCCAACUUGUGCUGGGAAACAGGAAGAACACACUGAGCCCUGAGGAGUAUGUCUACGGUGCCCUCACCAUCUACACUGACAUCAUCUACAUCUUCACCUUCAUCCUGCAGAUAGUGGGCCGGGAUUAGCCCUGGCACCCCUCCUGUCCCUCUCUAUCUGCCCCUCACCCCUCCUCUGGUCUCUGUACAGGAUAGUCUGCUUACUGUGACUCUUAAUGCUUUGGCAUUCCUACCUGUAGGCUGCUAAGGAAAGGGCUUCCCUUGAUCAUCCCCCAGCAAGCUCUGAGAGCAGUGGCGGGGACUGGCUGCCUGCGUUAAGGCAGUUUAGCCCAGCUCUGGCACCGCUUACCGAGGCUGUGCCAAUGGCAUUGGGCUGGCAGCGGAAUGUCACAGCCCUGCCUGGGCACAGGGAGCUGGCAGCAGCCGCUGGGAUCAUGCUGGGAUUUUUUGGCAGAGAACAGUUGGUGUCAUUCACUCUGUGCCUUAAAUGUGGCUCUGGCCAUGCCCCCUCCCCGAGCUGUGGCUGUGCCCCGUGUGGGCAGGGGGCAGCUGGAACCUCCGAGGCAGAGCUCACACUGCAGAGGCCCUGCAGCCAGGGAUGUGGGCAAAGUUGCACUUGCUAAAUAAAACACUUCAGUUUUCCA